AUAAUCCGAAAAUAUAUAUAUAGAAAAAAAUACAAAUACAUGUGAAAGUCUCAAACAAUCUAUUCAAUGAAAAAAUAUAUACAAUAAACUUAUUAUGUUUUAAAAAUUUAUAGACACAUAUAUAUUAUAAAAUAUACUAAUUUAAAAUUGAAAAAAAUAUUUAUAUAAAAAUAAAUGAAAACAAAAACCCGCGCGGUUGCACGGAUCGAGAUCUAGUAAAUAAUUUAUCCUUAAGUUAGGCAGCUCAAUAAUAGAAAUAAUUCAUUUUUAAAUGAAAUAAAUCUUUGUGAGAUCUUCAGUUGACGUAUGUCAAGGAGUUUUACAAAGUCAAUGAUAUUUAAGAUUAUUAAACUGGAAGUUGACAAAUUCUAAAUCUUCUUUGUUGGUUUAGUUUAUAAUUUUGGUUACCUAACUCUCCUGUAAAUAACGUUUUAUUUUUAGUUCUAGGAUAUUAUUAGAGAAAUUGCACCUAAUAGCUAAGAAAAAAAACAAAAUUCAAUACACUACACCCAGUUAAAGUUGAAUAUGAUAUAUGCAGUUCUUCUAGGAUUUAACUCUAUUAAAAUUUUUUUUUUGGUAAUCAUGUUAAAUUUUAUAUUUGGGGUAUUUAACUUUUGUUUUGAGUGACGUAUGCUAUUUUUUUAAAAUUUAACUGUAAUUUGAUCUUAUAACAUAUAUUCAAAAAGUAAAUGUUUCAAAAAAAAAAUGUUUCCAUAUAAGUGUAUAACCCUUGAAAAAGGGAUCGCAGGGAUUCACAUGCAUAGACAAGAGUUUGCACAGAAGUACAAAAAUGACGAUUAAGAUGGUGCAAAGUAGGGUUGAUCGAUUUGCUAUAUGUUUCUUUUUAUUUUAGGCUUUUUAGCUUAACAUGUAACUUUCUUUUUAUACAUUAUACUCAUUCACAUAAUUCAUCAAAAAUUCCGUUUUGUUUGGAGUUUGAACGAAAAGGUCUCCAAAAACGUACUGCAUCAGCAUGACUGCAUUCGAUAUUCGUCUCUUAAAUCAUGAACCAUGCUCCUCAUUCCUCAACUCAUUAACUAUUUAAUAUAUUAUCUUCUUAUGUGAACAUUAAAUAUAUAUUUUAAAUAAACAAACUAUUUGAAACUCUUGUAAUAAGUGGCUUGCCACAAUUCUAAAAAACUGAAAAUCUUGGUAUAAAUCUUAACAUUUAAACCAAAAAAAAAAAAAAAAAAACUAUUUGAAACUCGUCUACUUGUACCGUACGAAUAACUAGUUUAGUAGUCAUGUAGUUUUCUUAAUAUAAAUUUUUUGGAUAAUGUGAAACCGGCGCAUUUGCUCGUUGAUUUAUUCGUAAUCCAGAACUUAGUGAUAAUUACUUAAUUAUCGGUUUCUUAUGGACCAACACAACCAAAGUGGACAAACAAGAAACUAAUUUAAUUAGGAAUCUAAAGAAAAAAAAUGUUUCCGUCCAAUCUAUUCAUUAACUUAGUAGGAACGAGCGAAAAUGCGACGUAAUAAAAUUGACGGCAACUAAAAGCCUUUUCAGAAUAUGGAGCAGAAUGUGACACAUCUUCCUCGUCACACAUAAAUUCAUACAAGAUUAUUUACCGGCUUCGCUGUAGAUAUUAACAUAUAUACAUUAUUCUUAGGGAUAAUGCACCAAACAAUUAUUCGAUAAAGAAGAUAAAGUAAUCACAGAGCAGUUCGACGGAAUACACGUCUAAAAACUUAGAUCCUAGAGCCGAGCACCAUACUAUAUAUAAAUUAAAACAGAUAAUUAUAUACAGUAUUAAUGAAUGACGCAUAUUAGUUGAUGAAAUAAGAACUUUUUAAAUAAGAAAUUUUAUAUCUUUUUAGUUAUUCAGAAAGCAUUAAGAAUAAAAAAUACUGUCAAAUGGAUCCAAUCAUAAUAUAUACUUUCUUCAUCGUAUUUUCUUAUUUCUAUAUUCUUGAUUACUUAUAAAUUACCAAACAAUAUUUUAAUUUUUUUAACCAAAAAACCAAUAUUUUAGUUGUUUAUGUUUAAACAAUUUAACUAGUAGUAAUAGUUUGUAUUAUUCAAAAGAUUCAAUUUCAGAUUUAAUUUUUAAUUAUGUCUUUAAAAUUCGUAUUCAUGUUUAAAUCUGCAGAAGUAACAGUGCUAAAUUGGUUUGAAUAUUUCAAAUCAACUUUUUUUCCAACCAAAUAGAGGGAAAAUACAGAUAGAGCGACCACACAAACCAGGAUUCCAAACCAACAUUCCCAUCAUUUUUAGCAAAAUAAAAAUUAAUUCAGCUUUAAGUAUUGUAUAUUUAAUAUUUUAUUUUAUCGGAUGUCCGAGAAGUGACAUAUUUGAUAUUUCAUUAUAUACUAAUUUGUGCUUUAAAAGAAAUACAUUUUAUCAUGUAUAUAAUUAACCCUUACGCAUGUUUCAUCUGUCGCUACCAAUUAACAACCAAGAAAAAACUCCAUUUCUUUCUCUUCGAAAAUAUUCAUGGAGAGCUCAAUGAACAAUGCUUUCAUUAUGAGCAAAUGCGAAACGUUGAAGUUUUCAAGCGACCAAACCCCGGAGGAAAGUAGCUGGUCAAUGUACUUCGAAGAUUUCUUCGAGGCUUCUUCAAGUGCUGUCCAUAUCGGAGAUUUCAGUUCUUCCUCCGUCCCCGAUGCAAUGUCUUUCGUCGCGACUAAGAAGACCGUUGACAUGUCUAAACAAGAAGGGCCUAACUAUUACAACAAUUUGAACUUCAAGAGGACAAGAAAUAGAGAGGUUCCUUUUGGUCGUCAUUGUGAUCUUGAAGACACUGCAUCUUCUCCUUCUCGUAGUCUUAAUGUCAAUAGCAUAAUGAACAUAUUGGAGAACAACACGAGACACGGGGGUGGCGUUGGUGAAGACACAAAUAAUGUGAAAGGAGAGAGUGCAGUGCAAAACGAAGGUGAAUUAUCAGUAGACUUGAAGAAAAAAGGGCUUUGUUUGGUUCCCAUGUCUAUGGUCACCAACUUUCUUGGUUAAUCAUACAUAACCCAUUCAUUUUUACAAAUUUGUUUCCAAUAAUUCAUUCCCACUUAGAAUAUUAUUAUUUUAUACAUUUCUCCAAUCAUGUGUAAUGUAUGUUAUUCAGUUAAUUUGUAACAUAUGCAUGCAUGACUUCCAAAUUAUAUGCUACAUGUGCAUGAGUUGUAUAUAUGGGCAUUCCUGGUAUUAUCGGAAUAAAUUGACUCUCACUAAUGAAUUAUAAUCCUUCAUACCAAAAAUAUCAGCAUUUUUUAAAUCAAUAAAGUUGAUUGCUUAGAGUUAAUAAAGUUAUCAGAUUUUUUUAUACCAGGAAUUGAAUAAAGUUAAUCAGAAAAAAUUGAAUGCUGAUAACUUAGAGUUAUAUAUUUCUGGUAUAAAAAAAUUCCAAAAAAAUCCCCAAGUUUUCUAAUCAAUAUAUAAUUCAACUUUAUUGAUUAGAAAACUUGGGGAUUUUUUUGGUUUAAGUGUUAAGAUUUAUACCAAGCUUUUCUGUUUUUAACAAAGUAUGUGGCUAGCCACUUAUUACAUGCAAGAAGAAAACAUUUAAACUAAAAGGAAGAGAAAGAGGAAAGGGAAAAGAAAAAGAAAAAGAAAAUCUGCAGCAAUGGAGGGGAGCUGGCAAGGACAGCAGACGGUCUCUCGGUCUACUCCAGCUACAAUCACAGAAACAGGGGAAAAAGACUCCCGGAAUAUCCGAGAGUUCCACUCCCGCCAGGAAGUACACAAUGACCUUCAUUAGAAGCUUAGCGAAGGUACAAAAACCAGAAGAAGAAGAAAGCUGCGGCUGAACCAAUAAUCUAGAGACAGCGAGAAGUGAAACCGGAGGUGCCGUAGUGAAACCUCGACAGAAAUGAGACCAGAUCUCUGUUGAAUAGGAGCAUUUGAAAAACAAAUGCUGAUGAGACUCUUGCUCAGAAUUUAAUCCUCACAUACAAAGACUACACAUCUUUUUAACUACUACGAGACAAAACAUGCAAAUGAGUAAAGCAUACCAGAAGAUAAGUGAGCUGGUUUUACUAAUAAAACCAAUAAAGUAUCGGAGAAGAACAAACAUUACGAAUGAACACAUGAACACAAUAGUUAACCGAAUAAACAUUUUCCUCCAGAAACAGAGACACCAGAACAUUCAGAAACAUAAAUAGUCACUUACAAGUUUUAAAACCUAAACUCCUUUAUUGCAACCACUUCCACAUCAGAAGAAUCAAGGGAAAAAAAAAUUUCAUUAAAAAACAGUCUUUAACCAUCUAAGGUUUCAGUUGAAUCAGCAGCGGCUAGAACCCGCCCCCGGCUUAGGUUUAGAGAUUGACAUUGAGACAAGACAAAAGCUUUCUCAUGAGUGACAACGUAGUUGUCUACUUGCCUUGUUAUCGUAGAGUCAGGGUACACCAAUUUUUGUCAAAGCACAAGUGAGCUGAUUUGCGCACAAUCUGUUAAAUACGAAAAUGCAAUAAUCUCCGUUUAAUAAUAAUCAUUCAGUUUCAGUUCUAGACAUAACUCAUACAUUUUAAAACUCUAGAAUCAGAAGAAAUUAACAGAUCUCAUAUGCAAAUCAAUCUAAAUACGACAGACCUAGCUCUUAAGAGAGAUAAUUUCAAUUAAAACACAGAGGGAGAGAGAGAGAGAGAAUGCUUAUAAUACAACCAUAUGAUAGAAAAGCAGAUCACAAAGCCACGGGCAAACAAAUUGUUCGAUGACUGCGACCUAAACCUUAGGGUUCUUUUUAACUGUUUGGGAUUUACUGUAGAAAAGCAGAUCCCAAAGACGACGACAUCACCGUUUGGGAUUUACUGUAUUUGACUGAUGUGUGAUGUGUAAACUGACGUGUAAUAUUUAAAUGAUUUCAUUGGUUUUCUUAGGUUUUUCAUUUAUUGACAUGUCGUCUUCUCAAAAAAAAAUUUGUGUUAAUUUCUAUAACCAUAUGAUAUUUAAUUAAUUUUUUAUUAGUCUGGAGUAUUUCAAGCCUAUGAAAAG